AUGAACCCUCACAUAUCACUCCCAAGACCGACGGGCGGGCCCUCAAACUUUGGGUCUACGCCAUCGUCGCGGCGCAAUGAAGUCAAAAUGCCGCGCUUCUUCAAGCGCAUGUUCAAGUUUCCGCAGAUGGACUUUGAGAUGGCCAUAUGGGAGAUUAUGAGCUUGAUAAUAGCGCCCAAGAAGGUGUUUCGCCAGAUCUACUACCAUAAACAAACCACUAAAUCGUACCACCGACCCGACCCUUCCUUUACAUAUCUCCUCUCCUUCUUCCUCACCCUCACAUCGCUCGCCUGGGGUUUUGCAUACGCCGACGGCUUCACGCAAACCCUCCACAUCACCCUCGUCUUCAUAUUUGGCCACUUUCUCCUCUUCUCGCUCGUGAUAGCGACCCUGUUCUUCUUCUUAGUCGGUCGGUUAUUGGGGCCGGACAACAACUUGCUACCAGGCCGACGGAGAGGCCUGUACAACCUGGGAGAAGAUUCGGCCAAGGAAGAGCUUGAGUUUGGAUACUGCUGGGAUGUUGCCAUUAGAGCAUUUGUGCCCGUCUGGGCCUUUCUCUAUGUCGUUCAGUUUCUAUGUAUGCCAUUGAUAGGAACACAUCAUUGGUUUUCUCUUUUCCUGUCCAACACGCUCUAUCUGCUCGGCUUGAACUACUACUUCAUCAUCACCUUCCUGGGCUACAAGGAACUGCCCUUUCUUCAUCACACGGAGCUCCUCCUUGUACCAGUCGCCGUCAUGGCAAUACUCUGGUUUGCGUCUUUGUUCGGCUUUAAUGCGUCACAGCACUGGGCGCCAGUAUUAUGGACCGGCGCCAAGUUGCGCAAGCACGUCUAG